AUGUCGGAAUCGGAACCUAUUGCGAGUUCAAGUUCAAACACUGCAUCAGGUGACCCUGGUAGAAAAUAUGGAACUCAAGAUCCUAAAUCUAGGAACAAUUUCACUUUCCACUUUUGUGGUAAAGUAGUCAAGGGUGUUGUAUAUCGUUUAAAAUGGCAUUUUAUUGGAGAUGAUUAUGAUCUUGGUGAAGAGGACGAUGACUGUGUUGAAAUAGAAGGUGGUAGUAGUAAGGUGACCCCACGAAAAAGACCGAGAAAAAAAGGUCCCCUAGAUAGGUUCUUCACUCCUAAUCCUAAAGACGUGAUCAAAGUUAUUGGGCAAUUUGGCCCCAGAAUGAAACCACCAAACGUGUAUGAGCUAAGAGUCCCUUUACUCAACCAAGAAGUAAAAAUCGUUGAAGAAGAAGUAAAWGAACAUAAAAAGGAAUGGGCCCAAAAAGGUUGCUCUAUUUUAUCGGAUCGAUGGCAUGAUUCGGUUGUCCAAAAAGACAUAAUUAACUUUAUGGUGAACUCUCCAAGGGGUUCUGUAUUAGUGCAGUCUAUAGAUGUUUCCGAUGUCUCUAAAGACGCAAAUUUGUUGUUUGGAAUUCUUGAUAAAAUGAUGGAUGAUGUUGGAGAAGAAAAUGUAGUCCAAGUGAUCAUCGAUAAUGCAUCUGCGUACGUUAAAGCGGGGAAGAUGCUAGAAUCUACGAGAAAGCAUCUUUAUUGGACUCCAUGUGCUGCCCAUUGCAUAGAUCUUAUGUUAGAGGAUAUCGGGAAACAAAUUCUUCAGGUGAAGAGUUGUUUGAAGAAGGAAAUGUUCGCUAAUGGAUACUGUUGA